CGCAAUAGUCGUUUUUGAGAGCAUUGAUGCGUAACGUCCAAUCGUUUAAUUUAGUUUAAACUGAGAACAUCGUUUUUUUCGAUGCCCGAAGUUACCAUUUUUAACGAAGUUAACGGUGCUGAGAUAAAAACCAUGGAUGCCAAUAGAUAUGCCACCAAAAAAACGAUUGCCCAAGGCAUGCUGGACAUAGCUCUAUUAACUGCGAACGCGUCCCAGCUCAAGUACAUACUCCACGUCGGCAAACAGCAUCAGUUUUAUACGCUGAUGCUUACUCUUAUAAGCUUAUCAAUUGUGUUGCAGAUAUUGGUUGGAAUUCUAUUUGUGGUUAUCGGAAGUCUUAAUAUCAAUAAACGUAAAGAUCAAGCAGCGGCAAAUAUUUUGAACGAUAUUAUAUUGGCGAUGGUGUUUGUAAUAUCAGUUGUUAACAUAAUCAUAUCCGGCUUUGGGAUAGAGUACACGUUGUAGCCGAUUAAUUACAUUGAUCCAAAUGAUACAACUCCAAAAUUAAGCGAAAAUAAGUUUAGUUGAUAUAGUACAUAUGAAAUAUCUAAUGUACAUACAUGUAUGUAAUUUAUAAAAUGAAUUGUAUGUUUAUCUUUAAAAUUAAAAGGCAAAUAUAUUGAAGUAUGGCCUAAAUUUUUAUUAAAAUAA